AUUUUUAACAGCAUGCCCGCACUUUAUGCUGAUGAAUUGCAUGAGGCAGAUAGCUUGUUUCGCUGUUUGGCAGCUAAUGUCACAGCUCCCGGUCUCUUUGUUUGCAGGUCAGUGCUUAAUGUGUCCGGCAGGCCAUUUCUGUGGAUCCGAAGGUUUGGUGGAGCCCUCAGGAUCGUGUGCGGCAGGUUUUCUGUGUCUGAUGGGUGCAAAGGUGCCAAAUCCAAAGGACAACAUGACAGGAUCUAUCUGUCCGCCGGGGAUAUUCUGCCAACAAGGGCUGAGAGCAGGUGAUUGCCAGGCAGGGUUUUAUUGUGACUGGGGGUCCACCAAAGCAGAUCAGGCUGUGUGUCCAGCUGGUUUCUUUUGCCCCAGUGGAACAGCAAUCCCCUUAGCCUGUCCCGCAGGAACGUUCAGCUCUGAAAUGAGCAACACUCACCAAGACAACUGCACCACCUGUACCCCUGGUUACUACUGUCAAGAUGAAGGUACUCUCCAGCCUGUACUUUGUCCUGUUGGACAUUACUGUUCUGCGGGACAGAUUUUAGGGCAUGCAUUCCCUUGCCCACCUGGCACACUACAGAGGAGGCUUGGAGCGUCCAGUCCAGAUGCUUGCAGUCCCUGUCCUGCGGGUUAGGGAGCAGUUUUUAUUAAAAUAGUUUCUCCUAAUCAUCUAAUCAGAAUUAUAUUUUGGAAAAUAUUUGUGUGCAUCAUGGUAAUGUAUAUUAUUUAAUGGUUCUUUGUAUUAUGUCUGCAGGGAUGUUCUGCUCUCAGUUUGGUCUGUCACAGCCCUCAGGUCGGUGUCAGGAGGGAUAUUUCUGUCCUGCAGGAUCAACCAGUCCAAACUCCACCGAAAGUCAGAAUAAUUCAACCAACCACCAUCUUUGUCCAUCUGGCCACUACUGUCCAUCUGGCAGUGGUCAUCCUCUGCCUUGCCCUGUUGGCUCUCUUGCCAUUUCUCAAGGACUAAAAGCAGCAGAAGAAUGUCCGCCCUGCCCUCCUGGGUUAUAUUGUGACAGUCCUGCAAUGUCCGAUCUCUCCAAUGCUUUGCCAUGUCACGCUGGAUAUGUUUGUCUGAGUGGAAGCUCCAGUCCCUCUCCAUCCGACGGCUCCCAUGGCUACCCCUGCCCUGCUGGCUACAGCUGUCCUGUUGGCUCAGCGAGCGAAGUGCCCUGUGAAGCUGGCACUUACAGUCCUAGUUCCGGUGCAGCUCACUGCUUGGUCUGCCUGAGAGGAACCAUGUGUCCCUCUUCAGCUACUCAAGAGCCCUCUACCUGCCCAGCUGGCCAUUUUUGUCCUCCUGGGACAGUGGCGCCUCAGGCAUGCCCUAUAGGAACUUUCAAUAACCAAACAGGAGCUCAUUCGCUCUCUGCCUGCUUGCCAUGUCCUUCUGGGGUGUACUGUGGCUUACAUGGAGCUUCUGCUCCGCAAGCUCCAUGUUUGCAGGGCUACUUUUGCCAAGGUGGAGCUACAGUGCCAACACCCGCGAGCUCUGAAACCUUCCUGAGGAAUGGUCUCUGUCCAGUAGGACACUAUUGUCCAGCAGGAUCUCUCACCCCACUCCCAUGCCCUGCUGGGAGUAUCCGCAAUGCAACUGGAGGUGUUUCCAUGGAAAGCUGCUCCGCCUGUCCUGCUGGCCACUACUGCUCCUCUGAGGGCCUUGCUAGCCCCAGUGGUCUAUGCUCUGCUGGUUUUUAUUGUCCAUUUGACUUCUCCUCAACUACUCCAUAUGCCUUCCUCUGUCCCAAGGGCCACUUCUGUCCUCAGGGAUCAGCGUUGGCCUUGCCGUGUCCUACCGGAGAGUACCAACCGAACCCGGGCUCUGAGAACUGCGUCCCGUGCCGACCUGGAUUCUUCUGUGAGGAGGCUGUGGUGGGAGACCCGUGGCCCUGCCCUCCACACUCGUUUUGCCCUGCAGGGACAAUGGUGCCGCAGCCCUGCCCUAACGGGACGUACACCCAUUCCAACCAGACUGGGUUACAGGAAGAGAAGGAGUGCUUGCCUUGCCCUCCAGGGACGUUCUGCAGGGCUGGUAAGAUCCAGGGUUUUUGCGCUGCAGGAUAUCUGUGCAUUUCUGGGAGUGCAGAGUUCACCCCUCAGGGGUCAGUGUCUAACAUGACCCACUGCCAGUGGGGUGUGCAGUGUGCUGGCCCAUGCCCACCAGGCUUUUAUUGCCCUGAAGGUGCCGAUCAGGCGCAACUGUGUCCUGCAAACACAGUUAGGAGCUUCGCAGGGGCAGUGAGUCUGAAGGACUGCUUACCCUGCCCUCCGCAGUAUUGGUGCAAACCUGGAGAUCCAGUCGUUCAUCUGUGUCCGCCUGGUCAUUACUGUGACGGUCUGCCCGGCAGUGACUUCAGCGGUGGUACCGGGCCCCGGCCGUGUCCCAUAUUUACUUAUCGAGCUUCCCCAGGAGCGGGCAGCAAGGGUGACUGCCUGCCCUGUCCUUCUGGUUCACACUGCAACACCACAGGACUUACAGAGUAUACCAGUAGUCCCUGCCCACCUGGCUUCUGGUGCAGUGGGACUGGACCCCCCAUCCUCUGCCCAGCAGGGACCAAGAGGCAGCUUCCUGGAGCCGCUGCACCCAACCAGUGUGAAUUGUGUGCAGGGGGAACCUUCUGCCCAGACCCUCGCGUGACAGGAAAGCCCAACGUGGAAGGAAUCCCCUGCAGGGCCUCGUAUCAAUGUCCUGUUGGUGCAGUUUCAGAGAAGUUAUGCAGAGCUGGCUCCUUCUGUGGACCUCAGACUGCUGAGCCUCAAGUAUGUCCAAAAGGUUAUAUUUGUCCUGAGGGAUCGUAUUCGUAUGACACCUCUAAACAACUAUGUCCAUUUCCCUACUACUGCCCUGCCAACAGCUCCGCCAUGAAAUCCUGUUCUGGAGGAUCCAUGCCUGUCAGCACGAGCGCUCUCAGAGGAUCACACAGCAGCAGCUGUAGCUUAUGUGAAGAUGGCACUUAUCGUCCAUAUCUUUCCCUGAGUUUGCAGUGCCUCCCAUGUCCACCGGGAUAUUACUGCCCUCAAGGCACAGAAGAUUACAAAACUAAUCCCUGCCCUCAUGGACAUGUAUGUGGUAAGGAAUACGCCCAGCCAAAGUCCUGUCCACCAGGCACGUUCGGUAACCGUACCCGUGCAGAGAAAAUGGACGACUGUCACCCUUGUCCAGCCAACACUUUUAACCACCUGCCUGCCCAGAAGGCUUGCUUUCUAUGUGGCAGCUCCUCCUUCUCAACACCUGGUUCCGUCUCGUGUACCUGCAUUGGGAAGAACCGGGCUUUCCAGUAUUCUGAUGGAUCGUGUCUGUGCAGGACCGGUUUCAUCUACUACAAUGAGCUGGACUUUAAAAGUUCUACUUCUGACAGUGAACUAGACUGCCAACCUGAGGUGAGCAGGCGGUGCAGCACAGGAGAAAUACGAGUAGCAGCAUCCAGAGAGUGUGUCUUACCCUCCCUCCACUCCUGUAAUAUCACCUGUGGAUUUCAUGGAGGAAUCCUGGAUGUGGAGAUGGGCAUCUGUCGGUGUGAGCGAUAUGUGUCCGCAGAGGAGAUUUGCAAUACUUCUUGCCUCUUCAGGCUGCCUCAGCUGUCUGCCGAGCUCACGCAGGACGGCGACUUGCAGCUCAGCCUUAGAGAAAGAAACAGCAGGGUUUGGGCAAGGGUGAGAGAAAGCUGA